ACUGACUCUGGGCCAAGUUCCAUAGUGGAGGGGGGAAGCAAUGUGGCCCCUUCUCUCCACGCUGGCUGUCUUAUGUAUCCAGAUGUUGCUGGUGAUGUGCAAUCCAUUACAGCAGGUGCUUGGUGUAGAUGGAGUGAACUUCAGUGUGCAUGUGGAGAACCAGACGCAGGUCCGAGACACCAUGAGUCGACGACAUCACCGAGUCUACCAGCUCUAUAGCCGCACCAGUGGGAAACAUGUGCAGGUGCUAGGGCGCCGAAUCAGUGCCCGCGGAGAGGACGGAGACAAAUAUGCCCAGCUCGUAGUGGAGGCCGACACCUUUGGUAGCCAGGUGAGAAUCCGGGGCAAAGAAACCAACUUCUACCUGUGCAUGAACCGCCGAGGCAAGCUAGUGGGAAAGAAGGCCAGUAAUCGUAGCGCUGACUGCGUCUUCGUGGAGAAAGUUCUGGAAAACCACUACACAGCUCUGAUGUCAGCGCGUUAUGCCGGCUGGUAUGUGGGCUUCACGAAGCGGGGGCGUCCUCGCCGUGGCCCAAACACACUCCCCAACCAGCAGGACGUUCACUUCAUGAAGCGAUUUCCACCAGGGGAGCAGCCCGACUUGACCACCCCCUUCCGCUUCACCACUGUGAGCAAGCGGAGCAAGAGGGUGCGUGCAACUGGGCCUCGCUAGUAGUGGCUUAUGCUAAUGCCCACUGUCCUGUCAUCUAAAACCUUGACCUGAGCCUGCCAAUGGCUGACCCACUCAUCUCUACUGUCGCACCCCACUGAACACCUCCCUUUGCUGGGAUAACAUAGACCAGAAACUUCAUGAAUCAUUUAUGGGGCUUAGCUUUACACCAGCUUUACAACUACAGCCCCCUAGUUAGUGAUCACUCUUCCCAGUUUUUUUUUCCCUUACAGGACCAUGCUAACUACUAAAAGACCCAGUACAUUGCUCGUACCUCCGAGGUUCUGGCCAGCUUCCCAGAAAUAUUGCCCAGAAAUAUUGACAGGGCCCCUGAAGCCAGCCAAACUCAGUCCCGGACUUACGAUUCUGCAAAGGCCUCUUCUUCCACCACCACAAAGACCACAAGGCCUUCAUGUCGAGCUAUUUGACAAUACUGAGAAUGGAAUUACAACUGGACCGUACAGAGAGCGAGAGUGGGAAAGGCUGACUGAACAAGGGAGUGGGUGCUUAGCCUAUGGAUAAAGGGAAAGAUGAAAGAAAACAAAAAGAAGACAGGAAGAAGGCAGAGUUGACAAAGGGAUGGUGUGAUCUGGAGAGAUCAAAUGGAACAUUAAUGGACUGUUGAUUUGUGACGCACUUCUGUCUCACUGUUGGACUAGUGGGAACCUGUGAGACUUGGGAUGACUGGAUGACAAAAAAAGGAUGAAUGAGGGAAUGACUGAGUGAAUGACUUACUGAAUGAAUGCACGUUUGUAGGAGAAAGUAGAUGAGUGUGUGUAAGUGUGUGUGUGUGUGUGUGUGUGUGUGUUCAAGCGCACCAACAACCAUGAGUGAAGCUGGAUGACAAGGGACUCUGGAAAGGGAUCAUACACACUGUGUAUGAACCCCUGACAACUCACCGAAGGGACUGAAGCUUUAAGAACUGGAAUGUAUAAAACCAAGCUGCACCAAAAACAACCAGUCAAUUGCACCAAACCAAACCAAUGACCAACCAAAGACAACUGGAGACCUGCUACAUGAUUCCUCCCCAUGCCCCGCCCCGCUAGGACACAGCACCCUCAGCUUAUAGGUCCAGGGGGUGAUAAGUGCAAGGGGUGGCACAGUGGGGAGGGUGCCUUCUCUAUUAGCAUUGCUAUAGAAACGACCCAGGGGAUGAUGCUCCCGUGCGAUACCGUGGAUACAGAAUGCUGCUACCAGGACAUUCAGUGGAACACACCAAAGUCUCACACAUACACACAGGAGAAAAAAUAUUAAAGGGAACAGUUUAUUAAAAGUUAUAUAUAUAUAUAAAAGAAGACAAAAACCCUAAAUAAGCAAUCUUACUAUGAUGGUUACUAUAAUUGUUAUUAUGAUAAAAUUAUUUCAUUUAUUUAUUUCAGCUCUGUGUGCAGCAGUCUUUCUCGACUCAGUAAACCUUACAGAAACA